GAUUUCAUUUUUUGUUCAGUGUGGUCUUAAAUUUACAUAAGUUCAGAAUAUGUCGAAUAUAAUACUAUAUGGCACGGACAUCAGUCCCCCUGUUAGGGCCUGUAAGCUGGUGCUCAAGGCUCUAGAUUUGCCCUACCAAUAUAAGAAUGUGGAUCUGCUGAAAGGUGAACAUCAUUCGGAGGAGUUCCUGAAGAAGAAUCCCCAGCAUACAGUGCCACUUUUGGAUGACAAUGGUCUCAUCAUCUCGGACUCGCAUGCCAUUGUGUGCUAUCUGGUGGACAAGUAUGCCAACUCGGAUGAGCUGUAUCCCAAGAAUCUCGGCAAGCGUGCUCUAGUGAAUCAACGAUUGUAUUUUGAAGCCACUGUACUGUUCAUGUCCUUGAAGAAUGUGUGCGCCCCCUUUUUCCUAAGGAAUGUGUCGAAUGUUCCACAAGAGAAAGUCGACAAUGUGGAACAGGGCUAUAAACAUUUGGAGAAUUUUCUGGCUAACGAUUUGUAUGUGGUGGGCGACACCCUAACUAUCGCUGAUCUUUGUUGUGCGGCCACUGUCUCCUCGUUGCCAGGCGUCCUAGAGUUGGAUCCUGUGAAAUACCCGAAAAUAACAGCCUGGCUGGAACGCCUCUCGCAGUUGCCUUAUUACAAGGAGGAGAACGAUUUGGGGGCCGAGCAGUUCAUAAGUCAUUUAAAGGGCGCCUUGACCAUUGUCUGAAUGUCUGUUAGCCUUCUCACAAUUAUUUAUAGAAACAAAAAAGGGGAGUCAAUUGAUAUUAUGAAUAAAAAGUGAAUCUA